AUGCCGUAUUACGGUGAGGGUUGCCCUUGUCGCAAUAGUACUCCAAAACCAAACGAUUGGGCUGCUGAGGGUCAAUACUCGAAAUCCAGCGAUUCGCCAAUGGAGGUUUCCACCCAACACGUCGCAGGCGCUUAUGAAAAGCGGCUGAAGUCAUCUAGGCCAAUCGUGGAUACUCGCCAUUGCUUAUCUGUAACUGCAGGACUCGACGUUCUCGGAGCCAUCUCUGCUGCAUCGGGCUUACUGGAAUCGGCUAUAAGCAUUAUCGAACGACUUCAUAAGGCUUAUGGCGACAUGAAAGCUUUCGAGGAAGUCUUUGAAUCGCGUGUUAUCGAGAUCCAAGGCAUCCUUACCAUCAUAGAGCUCGUCAAGAACGAAUCUAAUUUACGAACUGCGGCUGUUCUCUCGGAAAUCGAAAACAUUCGCAAAAUAACCGAAAAACUCGUUGAGCAUCUUGAAUCGACAAUGCCAGGGGAGAAAAGUCAAGCGCGUCGUUUUGCUCACCAACUCGCAAAGGGAUCGAAAGAUCAACAGAGGCUGGCCAAGCUCAUGGAGCGGCUGGAUCGGGCAAAGUCAAAUUUAGGUCUCAGCCUACAUGUUGCCAACGUAGGCGUCACGCAGGGCGUUGGUGAUAAUCUUGCUAUCAAUACGGAUAUUCUCAAUCGAGUUGAUGAGCUGGUUCGCAAUGUAUUUGGAGAUGAAGGAGGCCUCAGGAUUACUGAAUUGGUCAAGGACCAACACCUUCAGAAUGAUGGGUUCGUGCACAUGAAAGGUGAAGAUCUUUCGCGAAUAACGACAGAUGGUGAUGAUGUACAGGAAAAUUCAAAACAUGCAGGGUGGAUGUCUGGUCGGAUUACCCUAAAUAAUGUGACAAGGGAACAAGCCCUUCAGAUCAAUGGGCCAAUUGGCGAAAAGGGAUGGAGGGAGGCGGUUUCUUAUCUGGAGAUUCGUAAUAACGAAGCUUCUGGGAAUUCUAUCCAGAUCAAUCAUGCUGUUUCUGAAGAGGCGUUUUAUGCGAUGCUGGCAAACAGAAAUCGAAAUAAACCAAACGGUCAUAACGAUCAUAACGACCAUAGAGGGAGUCGUAUGCAGAUUAGCGCGGGGCUGGGCGAAGGGUGGGGUAUACCCGACGUCAUCCGGGGCAUUAUUCUUUGGGUAAAUAUCUUAUUCGAUUUUCAGAUAAUAAGAUAA